CUUUAUCCGUCAUACACUUUGAGUGGGAGUGAUGUCUGGCGAAAGCAAAGAGUAAGGUUGUAAGCCUGUGUCGUAGCCAAUUUGCGGUGAAAAUAAAAUAAUUUACUGUCACCCAGUUAUCAUGAAAACAGUUUAAAAGUGAUUUCAUUUUUGAAUGUGACAUUGUUCAAAUAGAGUUUCAAAAAUAUAGUGAUUCUGUGGCGGCUAGCUGCUGACGUAGUCUCCAUUGUACCUGUGCAGUGCCUCGACCUUGCAAGGCCCAAAUUAAAAACAUGAUAGAAGCAGUACUGAUGGACGGUGAUCAUCAGAAAUUUUGCGACGUAUUCUGCCUUCGAUAAGGCGGCAACUCUAAUUUCCAUCCAUAAAGAGAAUAUUACAAGAACAGGGUCCAGAUAUGCAGCACUAUAAAGGUCCUGAUGGGUCCAGUACUUUGAGUGACGGUGUAUACCACCCCCACAGUAAUGGGCAUUCGGAACAUUCUCCAAAUUCGAGUCACAUGUCUGUUCAUAGUGAUGAGCCAUUAGUACGAACUCAAAAACAACAGACUACUCAACAAGUGACGACGGUAACUAAAGUCGUGCGAGAAGUGUCUCAGUUAGGAGAUCAGUCAGCAGAAUAUAUUCCUGUUCCAUUGGGAUCAUAUUCAUACCCUUCUCAAUACGUCGACUACAUUGAACAACCACACCACAUGUAUUCUCAGUACCAUCCACAUUCUCAUUAUCAAGACUAUGAUCAUUACCCCAAUCCGUACGGUGCCUAUAUGGGUUAUUCCGCUGGUGCUGAAAGACCUUCUACCCCUCCUAGUCCGAGUGAACAUAGUGGUGACCCAUCACCGCUACCCCUAACAUCUCAACCCAAUCCAACUUAUUUAGGUUCAGGCUACGAUGAGCUUCCUGAACAUUAUAGGGUCACUCCAUCUCCUGGGGGACCAAUAGGAAUAGAUCCUUAUCAGGAUGAUUCAGCUGUAGUUUAUGGUUAUGUGUCACCUUCACCUUACGGUACAGCUCCCAGUUUGUCACGCCCUUAUGUAGAUAGUAUCAAUGGACCAGUUCCAGUAGGAGCAACCAUGAGGAUGUUUGAAAAUGAAGAUCUUCAGAAACAUAUUAGUAAGAUAUCGUUACAUGGUCACAAUGUCGUACUACCUCAUGACAGAGCACAUAAUAUUGCUUCUCCAGGAAGCAUCGGUGGUGAUGAUGAUCAGAGGGGAAUGCGCUGGCGAGACCCUAACCUUACGGAAGUUAUCGGAUUUCUUAACAAUCCCAACAAUGUGAUCAAAGCCAAUGCGGCAGCUUAUUUGCAACAUCUGUGUUACAUGGAUGACCCUAACAAACAGAAAACGAGAGCUCUCGGCGGCAUACCUCCUUUAGUUAAAUUAUUAAGCCAUGACAGUAUAGAGGUAUAUAGGAACGCUUGUGGGGCUUUGAGAAAUCUUUCUUAUGGUAGACAAAACGAUGAGAACAAACGAGCGAUCAAAAACGCCGGAGGUAUACCAGCUUUGAUAACGUUAUUGAGGAGGUCAAAUGAGGCUGAAAUAAAAGAGCUUGUAACUGGUGUUAUAUGGAACAUGUCUUCUUGUGAAGAUUUAAAAAGAAAUAUAAUAGACGACGGUGUAGCAACAACUGUAACCUACAUAAUAAUUCCACACUCUGGUUGGGAUCCUCAAGGAAACCACGGAGAAACGUGUUGGUCUACGGUGUUUAGGAACGCAUCAGGUGUUCUAAGAAAUGUUAGUUCCGCUGGAGAAUAUGCCAGGAAAAACUUAAGGGAAUGUGAAGGCUUAGUCGAUUCAUUACUUUUCGUUGUACGCUGUGCCAUAGAUAAGUCAAAUAUAGGCAAUAAAAUUGUAGAAAAUUGUGUGUGUAUUCUGCGUAAUUUAUCUUAUCGAUGUCAGGAAGUGGAAGAUCCAAACUACGACAAAAAUCCGUUACCGACUCAAAGUAGGGUGGCAGCUAACUCAUCGAAAGGUGAAAAUUUGGGAUGUUUUGGAGGCAGCAAGAAGAAAAAAGACGCCCAGUCGUCAGAAACAAAAGAAAAUAAUUUUGCGACGGGAGCCUCUGGAGGAAUAACCAGCGUGGCAACCAGAGGAGAACCAGUACGAGGCAUGGAACUCCUCUGGCAGCCAGAAGUUGUCCAAUCUUACUUAGCUCUCUUACAAAGUUGUUCGAACCCUGAAACGUUAGAAGCGGCAGCCGGAGCUCUUCAGAAUUUAGCAGCUUGUUAUUGGCAACCUAGUAUAGAAAUCCGAGCAGCUGUGCGCAAAGAAAAAGGCCUUCCAAUUUUAGUGGAACUACUUAGGAUGGAAGUUGAUAGGGUGGUGUGUGCGGUGGCAACAGCACUUAGAAAUCUAGCAAUAGACCAACGCAACAAAGAACUCAUAGGAAAGUAUGCAAUGAGAGACUUGGUCCAGAAACUACCGUCUGGCAAUCCGCAACAUGAUCAAGGCACUUCAGAUGAUACAAUUGCUGCAGUUUUAGCGACGUUAAACGAAGUUAUUAAAAAGAAUGCAGAAUUUUCUAGGUCAUUGCUUGAAGCUGGUGGGGUAGAAAGACUGAUGACUAUUACUAGGCAACGACAAAAAUACACUCCAAGGGUACUAAAAUUCGCUGGACAAGUUUUAUUUACAAUGUGGCAACAUCAGGAUCUGAGGGACGUUUACAAGAAACACGGUUGGAAAGAACAAGAUUUUGUUACUAAGACUGUUGCUGCGCGUAAUGCAGGACCUAAUUCUCCGAACAACGCAAAUAGUACUUUAAAUCGCCCAAUGGCAUCUCAAAGUGGAACAAGAUAUGAAGAUAGAACAAUGAAACGCACUGCCCCAGGCAGUAGAAGUACCGGCGUCUUCCAAAGGAACGACGAAAUCCCAAUGGCGGAUAUGGCAUAUUCAGAAAGCCAGGCUGUCAUAGGUCGAACGUAUACCACCGGCCCAGGUCCAAACCCGCCUCCACCGGAACCUUUAUAUGCCCAGGUGAAUAUGGACAAAAAACGUAAUCGCCAACCAAGCCUAGGAAAUGCCAGCCUUAACCACCUAACGGAGGGGCAGUCGCAGGCACCACUUACCAGUCUGCCUGCCGGUAAAGAUUCCUGGGUUUAACUUCACAUACCCCUGUUAUAUAUCAAUGUUCUGUCGUAUGUUCAGAUAUAUAAUGCACUGAUUCAUAUUAAAUAUGUAAUAUUUAGUUCGAGGUUUACUCUGUGAUGAGCUUCAAGUGAAAAUUGUCUGUACAUAUUGAUUUGCGUCAAAAUUUUUUUAUAUAACUAUUUUUUUGUUUUAUAGUACGAAUUAUUUUAAAUAAAUUUAUUAUAUGAAACCUAAUUAAAUUAUAUUAUGAAACUAUUAGUUGUAAUAAAAGUCAUUGUUUUAUUAUUAUAUUUUAUGAUUAUUAAUAAUUAUCUUAUUGUGCAGUUUUUAAAAUGUCUGAAAUUAUUGAACCAUUUCCAACAUACCAUAGUCAAUUUUAAUAUUGUUUAUAAUAAAUUCAUUAUAACUUAAAUCUGAUUAUUUCACUCCUAUUAAAUUACUAAUAUCGAUAAAAAAUUGCCCUUUAGUUUAAUGUAAAAAUAGAUACCCUUAACAGAGUUCGGGCAUAUAUAUUUUUCACUUGUG